CCGUACUUCCGGGAAAGAUGACAACUACUCUCUCGCAAAGCAACAAAAAUGGCGUGCUUAAGGAAGCCCAUAUUGCUUGCAGUAGCUUUGUUCUUUGGCACCGUGACUUUAUGUGGUGCUAGGUUUAUAUAUUGCUUUCUAGUUCUUCCUCUGUUACUUGCGCUAUUGCUUGCUUGGACUGAUGAUCCGAAAGGUAACAAGCGGAUAUGUGUGCUAGUUCUUGGAGACAUCGGCCGUAGCCCACGGAUGACGUAUCACGCGCUGUCAUUGGCUCGCCAUGGUUUUUUUGUGACGCUUACAGGCUUCCGUGAAACUGAACCCCAUAGAGAUCUCUUACAUCAUGAAAGAAUAAAUAUUCAGCCGGUUUCUGAAUUUAGAAUGCUUAAAGUUGGUCCACGGAUGUUUCAGUACUUUAUUAAGGUGAUUGUGCAGGCUUUUCAGCUUUUUUACAUAUUACUCAAGAUUGAUCCCCUUUCUUAUAUCAUUCUUCAGAAUCCACCAGGCUUGCCUAGUAUUGCAGUUACGUGGUUGUUUUGUGUUCUGAGAAGGAGCCAGCUCAUAAUUGACUGGCAUAACUAUGGCUAUUCAAUCAUGAGCCUGACAAAUGGACCAAAGCAUCCAAUUGUGCGAAUUGCAAAAUGGUAUGAAAAAGUGUUUGGACGUCUGUCUGACUACAACUUUUGUGUAACAAACGCAAUGAAGGAGGACUUAAUGGUCAACUGGAACAUCAAAGCUGCUACUCUCUAUGAUAAGCCUGCCUCAAUUUUUCAAGAAACUCCAAUUGAAAUGCAGCACAAGUUAUUCAUGAAACUUGCAAAGGAGUAUCCGCCAUUCAAAUAUCCGUCACAAUCGAAAUGCUCAGGCACUGAAAAAACUGCUUUUACGGAAUUAAAACUGGAAAAAGGCACCAUUAGCUUCAAUAAGGAAUGCCCUGCAUUAUUAAUCAGUAGUACAAGCUGGACAGAGGAUGAAGACUUUUCAAUAUUACUGAAAGCACUGGAAGAGUAUGAAUUGUUUAUUAGAAAUGGAGCUAAACUUCCACCACUUGUAUGUGUUAUAACAGGAAAGGGGCCUUUAAAAGAACACUACAGCAAGCUAAUUAGAGAGAUGCAGUUCAAGAACAUCCAGAUUUGCACACCAUGGUUGGAGGCAGAAGAUUAUCCUCUUUUAUUGGGAUCUGCUAAUCUGGGAGUGUGUCUCCAUAAAUCAUCCAGUGGUCUGGACCUUCCUAUGAAAGUGGUGGAUAUGUUCGGUUGCUGUCUUCCUGUUUGUGCAAUUAAUUUUAAAUGUUUACAAGAACUCGUAAAACAUGGAGAAAACGGUUUAAUAUUCAAAGAUUCACUAGAGCUUGCGGAACAAUUAAAGGAUAUGUUUACAGAUUUUACAAGUAAGUCAAGCAAAUUGAAAAGAUUUCAACAAAAUCUUCGAGAAUCUGUACAAACACGAUGGGAUGAAACCUGGGAUCAGAUUGUUCUACCAGUAAUUACAGAAAACUAUAAGACAUAAAUGCAGCAUUACAUAGAACUUCUUCUCUUCCUUUAUGUGUUGCUGUAAGACUGCAUGCCAAAAUGUAAAAUUGGAAAGAACAGAAAAACCUGCUCAGUUAAAAAAAGUGAAAAUUGUAGGUCUCGGUUUUUUAUGGUAAAGGGGCAGGCAAUACAGUGAAGUGAGAGAUUUGAUGAAUUGUUACUGGUCAUGUGCAUAAAUGGAUGGCAAUUUAAUAAACUUGGAACAAACUUUCUGUACUAAACAAUGCUGUUGUAAUUCAUUUCACAAUUGCUCCUCCUUUUAAAGAUACAAUCCCAUAAUGUUUACCUCCUAUCCAUUACAUGUCAAUUUUAUACUGGGAGGUAUUUCCUAUGGUUAUAUGCCAUUGAUAGUUUCAGAAAAUAUGAUAAAUUGUUUGUAUAUUUGUAUUGUUUGUAUUGUCACAGAGAUUUUGAAUGCCCAUUGCACACUCUUCUUUUAAAUCCUUCUCGCACUG